AGAAAACCUAGGAGUGUGAAGUUCCCGAGUUGGAGGGAGGCAGGGGAGCCCAGCCAAAGCCCAAAGCCACUGCCGACCGCGACCACUUGAAAGCGGCUUGCGCGUGUGCCGUCCCCGGCGGCCCCCUCCAAAGCCCUCCAAUCUUGUCGCUUUCUACGCGCCGUCGCCUCCCCUUCUCCCCCAAAACCAUCCACCGUCUCCGCCGUCCCAAUCGCCUUCAAAACCCCCGGCAAAACCCUCCAUUUCCGCCGCAUCUCCCUCGCUGUCCCGGCACACCGGGUCGGUCGGGUGUUGAGGCUCGCUCGCGGCUCCCCUCUUCCUGGGGCCUGGCUGGAAGGGAAGGGGGAGGAUGCAGGCCGCGGCCGGGAGCGUCUCUUGGGUCACCGCGCAGCCGUCCGUCCUCGGCCGCUGCGGCGGCGCGCCGUCCGCUUCGCUCAAGGGGAGUGCUUGCGGCGUCGGAGGAGGAGGGUGCAGGAUCCGGGGCCGGGACGUCGCCGUGCCGCGGUGCUGCGCGCGCGCGCAGGAGAAGCGCCCGCCGCGAGUGCGCAAAUCCAAGGAGGAGAGGCGGGAGAUGGUGGAGUCCUUCAUCAACGGUUACCGACUUUCAAAUGAAGGUAAAUUCCCAUCAGUUAACCUUACCCAUAAGGAAGUUGGAGGGUCAUAUUAUAUUGUUCGUGAAAUCGUGAGGGAUAUCAUCCAAGAGAAUAGAGUCCUUGGUCCUGGUGGCUUGGAUGCUAUGGCGCUGAGUUUUGAAGAUCGUGAUGAUUCUUCAGAGUCAUCCAUGAAGCAUGAAUUGGGUCAAGACAAUAUAGAGAUCUUAGAUACGUCUGGUAGUGAAGUCAGUAAGGGUUAUGUACCUGAAAUAUCCAGCACUGAUGAAUCGAUUCCAUUGCAAGACAAUGCCAUCAGCACUCAGACACUGCUGGGUUCAUCAAAUAUCUUAGAGGCUGGUGUUCUGAAUAGUGUGGUCCAAAAUGGGAGUGCGGCAGAUGCAAUAUUGAUGGAAACAAAUCUUGAGAAACAAGAUGAAGUUCCAUCUGGAGGAUCCAUUGAGUUUGACUUGAAUAGUUCUGAAGAGCAAGCUCGUUUGUUUGCUCAGGUUUCUGAUUCAGAUGAAGACAUUGUACUAAACAGUCAGGCAGAUGCACAGGAUGGAACAGCCAGUAGUGCUACCGAUGGAGUUAUUCUUCCCUUAGAGUCUUCUGCUGUUUAUGAAAGCAAUGCUGCACUUUUAAGAGAUCAUGAGACAUUACCUAAUGAUAAUCAUGAUGGAUCAACUGAUGGUGCCGUGGAUGAUGCAAACCUCCUUGCAGCGAUCAAUGGUGUUCAAGCAAAGCAAGCUUCUUUACAUGAGCAUGAUGCAUCAACUGGAAGUGUGUCGAUUGACAAUGCUCAGAGCUUUGAUAGUCAGUAUAGUACUACUGUAUCUACUGAUCCUAUAAAUGGUUCUAAAUCGGAGGCUGAAGUUGCAACCAAGACAGUUGAAGCAUCUAAAGUACACAGGCUGCAAGAUGAGUUUGAGCAACCAUUGGUUGAUGCUAGCUGUGACGGGCAAGAAAACUCUGACAGCCCUGUUUCUCAUCCAGCAUUAGAUACAAAGGGGCUGUUGCACACAGAAGAUCAGCACAGUGUUGUACAGAUAGAUGAAAGUGAAUUCAAGAUCUCAACACCUGGGAUCACAAAGGAAGAGGUCCAGGCAGCUGAUUUCAGGCAUGAACAAGGAAUUAACACCAGAACAGCGAUCAGCAGGCAUGCACUUUGCCUCCUAACUUUGCGUUGCAUGCUUACCGUUUAUAAUUUCCUUCACACAUCACAAAAGGCAGCAGUAUAUUAGGAAAACUUUGAAAGCUCUGCAGAAGAAAGAUGACAACCUAUUCUGGCUUGUCCUUAGGGCAUUUGUUGUUGCUAUAUCAAAAAUCUGGGCAAAAUGAACAAUGCAGAAAGGCUUCCUUACAUGGAACUGAAGAUUGGGUGAAUCCUUCCUACUGGAAAAUGAGAAACCGGUCCAUGAAGUUCCAUUUCUCCCAUGCGAAUAUAGAUAUGCUACUUUCGUGCUGCAGUUUAGGUUAUUUUUUGGAGACAUAGCGCUGCUAUAGUUUUGUAGUCACUUCCCACUGUAGGUGUAAUGUUUAGUUAUCUUUGUCUGGUGUGAACUAUCUGCUACAAUGGAUGUCAUGUGUCUUUUUGGUAAAAAAGGAGCAGGAUCUCUUUUUAUCUUCUAUGAAAUUUGCAGAGCUGUUCAUUGGAUAGACAAUUGAAGUUGCGUUGGUUUGUUCCUAUUGUGAUGAAUUUUGGCUUGGAUUUGCCUCCUUCCAGAUUGUAAGAUGUCGAUCAGA